AUGAAGUCCACUGAGAUAAACCUUAACAUAAAAGUUCUGACAAUAAUGCUAGAGGGUCAAGAGGUUGGUAGUAGGGGGCUGAUAAAGAUCAACCUCCUAGAUGAGGGUCUAGAGGCAACUGUAAUGAGCUUGAAGAGAGAGUUUGCAUUGUUUGCAAGAGAGAAGAGACUCAAAGAUCUCCACAAUUCGAUUGAUGUUCAUCUAGUUGACGUAAAUAGUCUCCAUAGUGAGCCACGGGAGACAAGUCAAGGUGAUGUGUGUUAG